GCCUCCGGAGGGAGGGGGGGCAGUGAGCCUGCAACCUCCCUUCCUCGGGCCUCAGUUUUCUCAUCUGUCAAAGAGAGCAAAGAGAAAACCCGGCGUGGGGGCGCACGCCUGUCAUCCCAGAACUUGGGAAGCAGAGACAGGAGGAUUACCAUGAGUUCGAGGCCAACCUGAGCAACCUAGCGUGGAGAUGAACUAGGUCGGGAUCCAGGCUGCCACCUAUUCAGCGCAGUUCAGAACAAUAACACCCGUUUAUCAGUGAGGAAACUGAGGCCCAGGGAGUCAUAGGGACUUACACUCUAAGUAAGAUAGCAGCUGGGAUUUGAACUCGAAGCUGCUUGCUGUUAAGCGCUGCCCCUGUAAUCAUGGAUGCUAGAUUAGAAGUACCUAAAAUGAACAGGAUCUCUGUGGGCCAUUAGGAAGCCGAGAGUUACAGAGCGAUGAAAACGUCUCAGAAAGCUCCCCCCACCCCCCGGUUAUUAAUUAUACUCUGGGAGAUGGCUGUAUGGGAGAGAACCGGAAACAUAUCCUUAUUAAACAUUUGGGAAGACUGAGGCCUAAAGGGAAGUCAUGUUUUUUUUGUAGGUUCAUUAGUCUAUCAGGGGGAAUGAUAUAGUCGAGCGCAUGGGUGUUUUGGUUUUGGUUUGAUGGUGUUUUUUGUUUUGUUUUGUUGUCCAAUUACAUUGGGAGGAGUUGGCAGGGGUGACCGAGGGAGCCGGUAUACAAGCGUGGGGAACUUAGUAGGUCCGGGUUGUGGAGGUAGGCAAGGUGGGCAGACUCCCUGCGAGGUCCGAGUCGGUUCCUGGGACCUGAGCGACUUGGAGAUCUGAGAUUGAGCUCUAACCCAGCGCUGGAACUAUCCACCACUCCCGCAGAGGAGGCGGGGCCCAGGAGAGUGACAGGGGCAGUCGAGAUCCGGAAACGCCGGCCCUCCGAGACAGGCCAGAGUGGCCUCAUCGGGCCAGCGUGGCUCAGUGGAGAGCUAGAGCGGCCGGCCAGGAGGAGUAGAGUUGCCGAGGCCGGAGAGUGGCAGGAGGCGGGCUAGAGCGGCCAGAGGGAGGAGUGGAGCUGGGCGCAAAGGUGGCCUCUGGCUCUGAUAGAGCGACUCUGCGGCGCGGGUGGGGGAACCUCGAGCUCGGGCGCGGAGGCUCCGGUUCCGGAGGCUGCAGUGGCUUCUCAUCUCAUCCGACAGGCUUCUGGAACUGCUGGGUCUAUUCUGGGUGACUGCUGAGGCCGCAGCAGCCACAUGGCUUUCCCAGCCCUGUGGAGUCCCGGAGAUGGAAGAAUUCACCAGAGGGGCGGCCCCAGGGCCUCCCCGGCCUGGCCUGAUGUCCAUCAGCAUCAUCGGGGCUGAGGAUGAGGAUUUUGAGAAUGAGCUGGAGGCGAACUCAGAAGAUCAAAACAGCCAGUUCCAGAGCCUGGAGCAUGUCAAGCGACGCCCAGCCCACCUCAUGGCCCUCCUGCAGCAUGUGGCCCUGCAGUUCGAGCCAGGACCCCUGCUCUGCUGCCUGCAUGCGGAUAUGCUGAGCUCACUGGGCCCCAAAGAAGCCAAGAAGGCCUUCCUUGACUUCUAUCAUAGCUUCCUGGACAAGACUGCGGUUCUCCGGGUGCCGGUCCCUCCUAACGUCGCUUUUGAACUUGACCGCACACGGCCUGACCUCCUCUCUGAGGAUGUCCAGAGGCGGUUCAUGCAAGAAGUGGUACAGAGCCAGCAGGCAGCCGUGAGCCGGCAGCUGGAGGACUUCCGCUCCAAGAGGCUCAUGGGCAUGACACCCUGGGAGCAGGAGCUGAGCCUGCUGGAGCCCUGGAUCGGGAAAGACCGAGGCAACUAUGAAGCCCGGGAGCGGCAUGUUGCAGAACGGCUGCUCUCCCACCUGGAAGAAAUGCAACAUACCAUCUCUACAGAUGAAGAAAAGAGUGCCGCUGUGGUCACUGCCAUCAGCCUGUAUAUGCGCCACCUUGGGGUUCGGACCAAGAGUGGGGACAAGAAGUCAGGGAGGAACUUCUUCCGGAAAAAGGUGAUGGGGAAUCGGCGGUCAGACGAGCCCCCCAAGACAAAGAAAGGGCUGAGUAGUAUCCUAGAUCCUACUCGUUGGAACCGAGGAGAGCCACCUGCUUCAGAUUUUCGACAUCUAAAGGUCGAGGUUGAUGCAGAGAAGCCAGGCCCUCCAGACCGGAAGGGAGGCCUGGGUAUGCCUUCUCGAGACAGGACUGUUGGGACUCCUGGGCAGGACAACCCAGGAAUCUCUCUGCACCCUCUGUCUGUGGACAGCCCCGACCACCGGGAACCAGGUGUGGAUACCCCCCAGGAGCUAGGGAACACACUCCCACAGGGCCCUACAAGCCUGGAGCCCCUGGCACCCCCAGAGAGCACGGAGGAGAGCGCUGAGACAGAGAGAAGGUGGAAGAGGCUAUCAGGGCGUCUGGGGCGCUCAGAGAGCCUCCGGGUGAGUGACCGCCGCCGACCUUCCCGGGGCAGCCUCGGGGCUAAGGGCCGGGGUGGGGGCCGCUCCCGGAGCGACGUGGACAUGGACCCCGGCUCCGCCACGGCCGUGCUUGGCCCUACCCGACGAGCCACCCCCGAGCCUGGAGAUGAUGGGGAACCAGGACGGUCAGGCCUGGAACUGGAACCCGAAGAGCCUCCCGGCUGGAGGGAACUGGUGCCCCCAGAAACCCUGCUCAGCCUGCCCAAAAGCCAAGUGAAGCGGCAAGAGGUCAUCAGUGAGCUGCUGGUGACGGAAGCAGCUCACGUGCGCAUGCUACGGGUACUCCAUGACCUCUUCUACCAGCCCAUGGCGGAUGGGGGCUUCUUCCCUCUGGAAGAGCUGCAGAACAUCUUUCCCAGCUUGGAUGAGCUCAUCGAGGUGCACUCCCUGUUCCUUGAUCGCUUGAUGAAGCGGAGACAAGAGAGCGGCUACAUCAUUGAGGAGAUCGGGGAUGUGCUACUGGCCCGGUUCGAUGGUGCAGAGGGCUCCUGGUUCCAGAAGAUCUCCUCCCGCUUCUGCAGCCGCCAGUCAUUCGCUUUAGAGCAGCUCAAAGCCAAACAGCGCAAGGAGCCCCGGUUCUGUGCCUUUGUGCAGGAAGCUGAGAGCCGGCCCCGAUGCAGACGCCUGCAGUUAAAGGACAUGAUCCCCACUGAGAUGCAGCGGCUGACCAAGUACCCACUGCUGCUGCAGAGCAUUGAGCAGAACACAGAAGAACCCGCGGAACGGGAGAAAGUGGAGCUGGCAGCUGAGUGCUGCCGUGAGAUUCUGCACCAUGUCAACCAGGCUGUUCGUGACAUGGAGGAUCUGCUGCGGCUCAAGGAUUACCAGCGGCGCCUGGACUUGACUCACCUGCGGCAGAGCAGUGACCCUAUGCUCAGCGAGUUCAAGAACCUGGACAUCACCAAGAAGAAGUUGGUCCACGAAGGUCCGCUGACGUGGCGGGUAACCAAAGACAAGGCUGUAGAGGUCCACGUGCUGUUGCUGGACGACCUGCUACUGCUGCUGCAGCGCCAGGAUGAGAGGCUGCUGCUCAAGUCCCACAGCCGGACGCUCACACCCACGCCCGACGGCAAGACCAUGCUGCGGCCUGUGCUCCGGCUCACCUCAGCCAUGACCCGAGAGGUGGCCACUGAUCACAAAGCUUUCUACGUCAUUUUCACCUGGGACCAGGAGGCCCAGAUAUAUGAGCUGGUGGCACAGACCUCGUCGGAGCGCAAGAACUGGUGUGCCCUCAUCACUGAGACUGCCGGAUCCCUGAAGGUCCCUGCCCCUGCCUCCCGCCCCAAGCCCCGGCCCAGCCCAAGCAGCACCCGAGAACCCCUGCUCAGCAGCUCUGAGAAUGGCACUGGAGGCCGAGAGAUUCCUCCAGCUGAUGCCCGGACAGAGCGCAUCCUCAGUGACCUCCUGCCCUUCUGCAGACCAGGCCCAGAGGGCCAGCUUGCUGCCACAGCCCUUCGGAAAGUGCUGUCCCUGAAACGGCUCCUGUUGCCUGCUGAGGAAGACGGUGGACUGGGGCCUCCCCGGGAUGGGGAUGAGGUGCCUGGUGGUGGUCCCCCAGGCCCAGCGCAGAUUCAGGAGAUUCAGGAGAACCUGCUCAGCCUAGAGGAGGCUGUCAAGCAGCUAGAGGAGUUAGAGGAGGAAUUUUGCCGCCUGAGACCCCUCCUGUCUCAGCUUGGAGGAACUCUGUCGCCCAACCUGGCUGCACCUGAGCGCUCUGUUCAGACGGGCCUUUCAUGAAGAGAGGAAUGGGGGAAGGAUGCGAGGGUCCCCCACCCCCACGGCUGCCACGGCGUCUCACACCCCAGAGGCCUUGCGAGAGGGAGACUGGCCACACUCGAUAGGGGACCUGCCGGAGUCCCUGCCUCCCACACUGGCCUCUGCCUUUCUCCCUCCUGCCUUCGCUUGGGGGACUCAGGGCUUCACCCCCAGAGUACCACCAGAAUCCCCAUUUUUCAGGCCAUCUCAGUAUUGCCUAUGAGGGGGUUACCCCUCCAUUCCCACGCCAAGUGCCUUUGCUCUGUUUUUGUACCCUGAAUUGGAGUUUUAUUUUUAAUAUAUAUUAUCUAAGGAGA